CUGCCCCUCACGAUGGCGGMGCCGGGCCCCGGCGGUUGCGCGGCCGUGCCCGAGGCGGAGCGGCUGUUCCUGAGGCAGCACCCGCUGCUCAGCCCCGCGGGGCCGGGCAAGGUGAGAUGCAAGCUGACRGGACAUGAGCUGCCGUGUCGCCUGUCGGAGCUGCAGGCUUACACCAGUGGAAAGAAGUACCAGCGGCUCAUAAAGACAGCCAAAGAGUUCGACUAUGGCACAUUCGAGCCCCACAUAGUGCCCAGCACAAAGAAUUUGCACCAGCUGUUCUGCAAGCUGACCCUCAGACACAUCAACAAGCUKCCAGAGCAUGUCCUGCGUCAUGUCCAAGGGAAGCGCUACCARAAGGCCCUGAAAACAUAUGAGGAAUGCCAGAAGGAAGGAGUGGAGUAUGUCCCUGCCUGCCUGAGGCAGAAGAAGCAGCGRGCACAGCACCCCAAGGACCAAACCAACGGGAGCAGGCAGCCUCACAGGAAAGAGGAGUUCUGGGAGCCCAACUCCAGUGAUGAGGAUGGAGAGGAGACAGACGACAGCAUGAGUGAUCUGUACCCACCUGCACUCUUCCCAGAAAAAAAACCAUCAGCUUCAGAGACCACAAAGGGCAGUGAUGACUUCAUGACAGACAGCGAGGAUGAUGGGGCCAAGCAGAACGGAGAUGCGAACGGAGUGCACGGGGGAAGGAACGAUGUCAGCAGAACAGUUGGCACCAAGAGAGGAAAGAAACAGACAGGCCCUUUAAAGAAGAAAUUUAAGAGCCAUCAUCGAAAACCCAAAAACUUCAAGAAAGCAGCCAAUGGGAAAUAAAUUUUAUGAUAAAUACAUGGCCUGAAGCCUGUUGUGUAACAAUUCCUGUGGGAGCACACAACUAAAGUGUUUGCCCAUUCCAGUUAACUGCUGCAGGUAUGGAGGGGAAUAACGGGGUUGGUUUAAGCUGUAUUCAAAGAGCUACAAGCUAGCCCCACAUCAGGGGGAGGAUGUUUGCUGCAGUCAAGUCCAGACAGCUCAGUUUUUUACAGAAAGCUGGUUUUUGGUAGGCAGGAAAGCACAGCAGCUCARCAGUGGAGCAUCACCAGCCACACACGCCAAGUGGAUACAAAGAUGCCAUUGUUUUAUUUUGAUUGUUUUCAAAAAUCAAAACAUUUUCAAACACAACUAAGGUACAAAAUACAGCAUAAAAUGAGAAUUUAUACUUCUUUUUUUUUUUUCCACAUAGAAAGCAAAAAUAUAUUCAGAAUGAAUUCCAGAACACUUUGCAGAGCCAAUUGGUAGCUGACAUCCUGCUUGUGAGAGCUUCUCAGCCACGGGGAGAGGUCACUGUAAUUCUGGGAGAUGCACAAGUACAGCAGUGUUUGUAGAAAACCAGAAUCUUCUGCAUCAGGACUCACAGUUAGUAAGUCUGCACAUUGUGCUGCCUCAAAGUAUCUGAUAAUGCCCUCCACCUAACUGCCCCUGGAAUACUGAAGUAUUCCUGCUGCAGGGGACAGCAUCAGUUCCUUUUCUAGGGUCUGUUGUUGGAAAGGGGAUUUGAUUUUCACAGAGGAAACUGGUCAGUAUUUCAGACUAGUCUGUCAUCCAGCUCCUUAGGACACAAGGUGAGAAAGACAACUUAAGGGGCUACUUGCAGGAGUAGUUUCUGUCAUUUAUAAAUACUAUGAACAUCAACAGCAGUUCAGGUAUCUGAGKGGCUGCCUUGAUUUGUCUAGAACCGUUUUAAGACCUGCAGUGAAACAGUAAAAGCCUCCUGUGCUGCAGAUCCAGAACUGAAAGAACCAGUUUGUUUAGUUAGGAAGAGUCAGGCAUAGGGAACACUUGAGGUGAAGACUUGUCUUGCAAAACUUCCUUGAAAAGAAAGCCAUCAGUGACCUGACCUUAAUGCUGAAUUCCCCUUCCACCAAUAUGGACAUGGGGGUUGGACUAGAUGAUCUCCAGAGGUCCCUUCCAACCCUAACUAUUCUGGGAUAUCAACUGGCUUCCUCCAGCAGCAGCACAUCUUAYCCUUACAGAGGCUAUUAUCCCCCUAAGAUGCUGAAAUCACCGGCUGAACAUUCAACAGUGCUCUUCUGGUUUUCAUUAGUUCUUUCAGCCCAGUUUUCUCUCUGAAAAAGUAACCAUUUAACUGAACUGUCCAGGCGAGUGUCCUUAUCAGGAGACCCUGGGAAACAGCUCCCACUGGAGAUGUUCAGCUGAAUUYCUCCUUGAACAAAGAGCUGAGCAUCUUCCUCAGGGGAGACAACAGUGCAAGGAAUCAGUGUAAUGGUAGGAAGUUGGUAGGGCUCAUGCUGUCUAGAAUUCUUCCACMAUCUAGUGAAAUAGGUUCACACCUAGUUGACUAAGAGAGGACAAAACACCUCCUCUGAGCAGCACUAAGCAUGGUCAUGGCACAGAGGUCRUGGCACUGAGAGGCCAAACAGGGCCUUCCUCUCCUCACCCUCACGAGUUCCUCCUGUGGAAGGUCCAUCCCUGGCUGCUUCUCCACUGCCCAGGCUUUGCACUCGCAUUCCUCAGCUAUAACCGUUUGUAGAGUUGGGAAUGGGGGCCAYUUCCACAUUUCCUCCCUGCACAGCUCAGGGUGCUCUGAAGUGGCAGAGGAGGGGCUGUCCUGGAGAGCUCAGCACCCCAGCUCUUCAGUCAGCUGGGACUUUUACAGCCAAGAGAGUGACAGAAGUGAAUCUAAGAAGCAAAGACUACAGAUUAGGAGAUUGACUGCUCUCAUCUGGCAAGUACUGAGUGCACAGAAAAGGGGAGCUUCUGUAAUUCUCAAGACAUUUUCACCAAUAACCUGCAAUUCAAAUAUGAAUUUGGGKCAUAUAUGGAUGGAAGCUGGUUAAGAGCAGAAAGGAGCUUUUAUUAUGGAACCUGCAGCACAACUUGGCUCCCUUCUUGGGAAUUCAGGAAGGGCAACUUUGGGGAAAGAAUGUAGAAUAAAGAAUUCUUUUGGCACAGAAUUUUCACAGAAUCUAACAUUCUGCCUCUUCAGGAUAAUCUCCCCCACUUCCUUUGAAACUGAUUAGCCAUASAGGACUCAUGAUUAACAAUAUAGGAUUCUCCCUUGUACCCCUCAAGGGCAAAACUGGGACAUGUUAGAAAACCCUCKCCCUUUUCUUACCCAGAAAGGGGUACAACUACUUUCAGGGUUUUCCUUUUGCCUUCUGUUCAGCAGCAGGAAAGACCUCUCCCUGUYAAAUAAAAAGGAAUUACAGGCCUCUGAGCAGCAAAAUAAUAGUGAUUUUUUGGGUUUUCUUUGAUGCUGCUUUCCACCUUGACAAGCAAUGCUAUAACCAGCAAUGGAACUCCUUAKUCACAAAACAGUUUUGAUGGGGACAAGAAAGGGAAUCCACUUUUUAAGUUAUAGCUACAAUCCAACAGCACACUGAAUGACCCAGCUGUAUCUGCUCACCUUUCUGCAAAUUUUAAGACAUUGCUGACAUUCCAGACAGCAACUGUUCUACUGCAAUUCACUGAAACAUCAGCAAAAUGCAGGUUCCUUGGGUUAGUUCCAAAUCUAGGAAGUUAGAAUAAGCCUAGGCAACAUUCCUUGAAGAAAUAGGGUUUUAUCUAUUGUAUUACUGGUGCCACAGUAAAUCAAAUUCAAAACAUCUGUGCCUUUUAUAGGAAGGGGGCAUGUACGUGUAAAAUGCUGGCAGUUUUUGUUGAAUCCAUAGAGAAUCAGUUCUGGACUUAGUACARUAUGUCCCAAGAAGUGUUGCUAUUCCUGUUACCACUCUUUUUUCUUCUCAUCCAUGGAGACUCCACCGGGACCCAGUGCAACCACGAGGAGGAGCCCUCCAAUGACAGACAUGGUCUGGAAGAAGUCGUAUUUGAGGAAGUCGUGCAUGGGCUUGUAGGCUGGGAUGGUCCAGAAGGCAUUGAAGUAGAUGUUGAUGCCAAACAGCCAGAUGACCAGAGUCAAGGCAGCCAGCUUAGUCUUGAAGCCAAUUGCCACCAAGAUAAUCAGGGCUGUGCCCACAAUGUUCUGCAGAAU